CACCUAAAGCGAUUGUCACCACGGAUGAUUUUGUUUCCAAAACCAAAGAUAGAAUACGAGAAAAGGCCAGGCAGUUAGCAGCUGCUACUGCCCCCAUUCCUGGAGCUACUCUGCUUGAUGACCUCAUAACACCAGCAAAGUGAGAAGAAUUUUGUUCUAACCUUUGUGAUCUUGGCAUCUGCUUUGCAUAUACAUAAUGAUCUUAAUUACAGAUAGUUUGGUUGCAAGUAGGAGAAGCCUAGCUUGAGUGCAAAAGGGGGUUUUGCCAAAAGGAUCUUGCGCUUUUAUUGCAUGGCGUAUUCUAGAGCUCCAGUGACCAGCUCUGCUGCUGGGGCUGGUGGAGGCUGGUGAGCUGUUAGGAACUCGGGUGCCUUCCCUCCCACCCUCCCUCAGAAGCCUCAAGGGCUCUCUCCGGUCUGCCUCAUUCUUCCCUCUCUUUCUGCAUAUCUCCUUGUUCUGUUCCUGGGUGUGUGGCCUGAUGUGGCAGCCUCAGACUCAUGGUUUCUUAGGCCCCAGGCUUGACAAGGACCAUUUAGAGCCCCCAGGUGUCCUUUCCAAAGGCCCAGCGGAGAGGACAUGGAUGGACUUCCCCAGAUUAUCUAUUGGUUUUGAAUUGCUAAGAAAAAUGGGCUGGAAGGAAGGACAAGGAAUUGGCCCUCGAGUAAAGAGAAGACCUCGCCGACAAAAACCUGAUCCUGGAGUAAAAAUCUAUGGCUGUGCGUUACCCCCUGGAGGCUCUGAAGGAUCCGAGGAUGAAGAUGAUGACUAUGUGCCUGAAAAUGUGACCUUUGCACCCAAAGACAUCACACCUGUGGAUUUCACACCUAAAGAUAAUGUGCAUGGACUGGCUUACAAGGGCCUGGAUCCCCACCAAGCAUUGUUUGGAACUGCGGGAGAACAUUUUAAUCUUUUCAGUGGGGGACCUGAGGGAGCCAGCAAUCUCCUUGGAGAGAUUGGGGUGAAUAAAGGAAGAAAAUUGGGAAUUUCAGGCCAGGCUUUUGGUGUUGGUGCCCUGGAAGAGGAAGAUGAUGACAUCUAUGCCACAGAAACUUUAUCCAAAUAUGACACCAUUUUGAAGGAUGAGGAGCCUGGAGAUGGACUCUACGGCUGGACAGCACCCAGGCAGUAUAAAAGUCAGAAAGAAUCAGAGAAAGAUCUUCGAUACAUUGGCAAAAUUUUGGAUGGAUUUUCCUUGGCUUCUAAACCCUUAUCGUCUAAAAAAACUUACCCACCACCCGAAUUGCCGAGAGACUAUCGACCAGUACAUUAUUUCAGACCUGUGGUAGCUGCAACCUCAGAGAACACCCACUUAGUCCAGGUAUUGUCAGAGUCAGCUGGGAAGCCAAUGCCUGACCCAGGGACACACAGUAGGCACCAGCUGAAUGCCUCCAAGCGGGCGGAGUUGCUGGGAGAAACACCCAUUCAAGGUUCAUCUACUUCAGUGUUAGAGUUUCUGUCCCAAAAAGAUAAAGAGAGAAUCAAAGAAAUGAAGCAGGCAACUGACCUUAAAGCAGCUCAACUCAAGGCCAGGAGUCUGGCCCAGAAGGCCUCAAGCAGCAGACCCCAGCCUUCCUCUCCGGACCUGGGGACCUGCUCGUGGCACAUGGCAUUGAGUGGUGGGACAGCUGCCACGAGAGCCAGCAGCUUCAAACCUUUCGCGAAAGAUCCAGAAAAGCAAAAACGAUACGAAGAGUUUUUAGUACAUAUGAAACGGGGUCAGAAAGAUGCCCUGGAACGUUGUCUGGACCCCAGUAUGACAGAAUGGGAGCGAGGCCGCGAGCGGGAUGAGUUUGCUCGGGCAGCCCUGCUGUAUGUGUCUUCCCAUUCGACCUUGUCCUCCAGGUUCACACAUGCCAAGGAGGAGGACGACUCAGAUCAAGUGGAAGUCCCUCGAGACCAAGAGAAUGAUGUCAAUGACAAGCAGUCGGCUGUGAGGAUGAAGAUGUUCGGGAAGCUUACCCGAGACACAUUUGAGUGGCAUCCUGACAAGCUGCUGUGUAAGAGGUUUAAUGUCCCUGACCCUUAUCCAGAUUCAACUUUGGUUGGCUUACCAAGAGUGAAACGUGACAAAUACUCAGUCUUCAACUUUCUGACACUCCCAGAGACUGCUUCCUCACCUGCAACUCAAGCAGCGAGUGAAAAAGGGCCGCAACAUCAAGGUCCUGACAAAUCACGAAAACCAUCGCGAUGGGAUACAUCUAAACAAGAAAAGAAAGAAGAUUCCAUUAGUGAAUUUUUAAGUUUGGCUAGAUCAAAAGUUGGCCCACCUACACAAGAGUCCAGCCCUUUAGUAAUCAAAGAGGAAGAACAUGUGACGGAGUCACUCUCAGAUAAGAGUGUAAGCAAAGGUGUGGAUUCACAGACUGAAGGAGAAGGGAGCCGCCCAUCCAUGGACUUAUUUAAGGCCAUCUUUGCCAGCUCCUCCGAUGAGAAGUCCUCAUCCUCUGAGGAUGAGCAAGGCGACAGUGAGGAUGAUCAGGCAGGUACCGGGGAAGCUGACUUCAAAAGCUCCCAAGAAACUGACUCGGCAGAAACAUCAUCCGUGGCACGUGCUAGCGAGCCGGUAGCCCAGGAGCCCGCACCUUCCUUUCCGAUACAAAAGAUGCAGAUAGAUGAAAGAGAAGCGUUCGGCCCACGGCUGCCUCCCGUCUUCUGCCCCAAUGUUCGUCAGAAACUCGAGGCACCUCAGAAAGAGAAACAUAAAAAAAACAAAGAAAAACGUAAGACCAAGAAAGAGCACAGACGGAGGAAAGAGAAGAAAAAGAAACACCGGAAGCACAAACACAAAGGCAAGCAAAAGAAUAAAAAACCAGAGAAGAGCAGUAGUUCUGAGAGCACAGACAGCAGCGACAGCCCGAGUGGUGAAGAAGGGACUGUAGACCUGUCACCCCAGGAACUGCUGAGAAGGCUGAAAAGUCUUCCACUAAGGCGGCAGUAAUUGAAUUCUGCCCUGGUCUGUCCCAGUACCAGAUCUCCUCCAUGAUGGAAGCUCGUUGAUUGCUAAGUUAAUACAUUGUACAGAUUGUAUUUAUAUGUAAAUUCAUGCUGUAAAAUAAUUUUUAAAACCUUGACAUUUCAAAGGCUGCCUUGGAAGGUUGCAGAAAUUGAUUUCUAUUUUUAACCUCAGUUAGUGUCAGAGGAAAUAAUUCAGACUGUACAGUUUAAUUAAAAUGGAAUUUUUCUAUUUUC